GUCAUAUUGUCAAAAUUGUCAAACACCAACGGUUCCCGAUUUGGAGGGAUUUUGUGUUUUCUCAUAAUUAUAAAACAUUAAGCUGAAUUUAAUGUAAUUUAUACUUCGAUGUAUAUGUUGACAGCAAAAUGUAUAUCAAAUCUAUCGUGUUGGACGGAUUCAAGUCCUACGGGAACCGUGUUGAGAUCACCGGGUUUGACCCUGAAUUUAACGCUAUCACGGGUCUAAACGGCACCGGAAAAUCAAAUAUCCUGGAUUCUAUUUGUUUCGUGCUCGGAAUUACCAAUUUAUCCAACGUGCGAGCCGGAAGUCUUCAAGAGUUAAUCUACAAGCAUGGACAGGCGGGCAUCACUAAGGCCACUGUUAGCAUCACAUUUGAUAACCGAGACAGGAAUCAAUGCCCUAUAGGCUAUGAGAACCACGAUGAAAUUACUGUUACUCGGCAGGUGGUCAUGGGCGGCAAGAACAAGUAUCUCAUCAACGGCAUCAACGUCCAGAACAAGCGAGUCAGUGACCUGUUCUGCUCCGUUCAACUCAACGUUAACAACCCUCACUUCCUCAUUAUGCAGGGCCGCAUCACUAAAGUGCUCAAUAUGAAGCCACCUGAGAUACUCUCAAUGGUAGAAGAGGCGGCCGGGACCCGCAUGUACGAAGCCAAGAAGCAGGCCGCCCAGAAGACCAUUGAGAAGAAAGAUGCUAAGCUAAGGGAACUCAAUGAUAUCAUCCGAGAGGACAUCGCGCCGAAGCUGCAAAAGCUGCAGGACGAGAGAUCGCAGUUCCAGGAGUACCAGAAGGUGGUCAGAGAGCUGGAGAACGUCAGCCGGCUAUAUGUAGCCUACAGAUAUGUAACAGCCGAGAAGAAUCUCAAAGAAGCUCAAGACAAAGUGACGGAAGUGCAAGACGACAUACAAGCCAAGAAAGAUGAGAUCACAAGCAACAAGGAAACAUCUAAAGAAUUGGAGAAACAGAUGAACGAGUUACACAAGAAACUUGAAGAUCAAACCGGCAACAACCUAAAAGCCUUAGAAAAAGAGUUGGCCGGCGUAGAGAAGACUGAAGCUAGUGCGUCAGCAGCGCACAAGGCUGCUAAAGAAGCUGUCAGCACACAGGCCAAACAAGCUAGGAUCAUGGAAAGGUCGUUGAAGGAUGACGAGAAGGCGCUUAAUGACAAAAGGAAAAUAUUGAGUGAGGCGUCGUCAACCUUCGAGGGCCUACGAGCAGCGAGCGAAGCCGCAGAGGCAGCACUAGCGGCCGCACAGGCAACGUUCAUAUCCGUCAGCACGGGCAACGAGGGCGCGUCCGAAUCUCUGCAGGACCAGCUUAUGGCGGCCAAGGCAGAAGCGUCCGAAGCAUCAACAUCCAUAUCCCAAGCUCAAAUGGAGAGGAAACACGCAGAAGACCGGCUGAAGACUUUGGAGAAGGAAUUCAAAGCGAGCAGCACACAGUUUACCAAGGACCAGGAUAACAUAGGCAGGCAGCAGGCACAAUUGGAUAAACUACAGGCCGAGCUCUCAAGCAUGAACUUCAGCGAAGCCCGCAACACGGAGCUAAAGGGUCUCAUCCGGCAGAUACAAUCAGAGACCGUCGGAAAAAGGGAUUCACUAGACCGACUCAGUUCACGACUGCAACGGUGCCAGUUCCAAUACCAGGCGCCGACCAGAGAUUUCGACCAUUCUAAAGUACACGGUAUUGUCGCAAGAUUGAUAAACGUCAAUGAUCCAGUGUACUGCACUGCGUUAGAAACUGCCGCGGGCGGCAAACUAUACAACGUAGUAGUAGACACGGACGCCACAGUGGACCUACUGCUCAAGAAAGGCAACAUCCAGACGCGAACCACCAUGAUACCUCUGAACAAGAUCACCGCCUACACCAUUGAUGAUCAGACGCUCAGGCUGGCGCAGCAAAUCGGCGGAGGCCCCGAGAACGUCCAGCGCGCCGUGGACCUGAUCUCGUUCCCGGCCGCGCUCCGACCGGCAAUGGGCUUCGUGUUCGGCGGCACCUUCGUCUGCAAGGACGCUGACACGGCCAACAAAGUCACAUUCCACCCGCAGAUCAGGAAACGAUGCGUUACUGUAGAGGGGGAUGUGUAUGACCCGGCCGGGACAUUGUCAGGAGGUGCUAGGGUUAAGGGAGGUUCCGUGCUAAUGCAAAUCCAGCAGCUCCAGCAGUUAGAGCAGGAGCUGGGCCGAGCUGACUCCCAGCUGCAGCAGUACCAGGCCGAGCUCAACGCCAUGCAGGCGGCUGCCGAGGCUUACAGCAGUAAACAACAAAGAUUCGACAUGAUGUCCCACGAGCUAGAAGUGGUGAAAGCCCGCCUCGCCACCACAUCCCACGCCCAAACUCACGCUGAGAUAGAAUCGCUACGUGCGAGGGUGACGGAGCUAGCAAAACAGCUGGAGGAAAACAAGGCGAAACAGCAGGCGGCUUCGGCGAGGGCUAAAGAGCUGGAGGCCAAGGUCAAGGACAUUAAAGGUCAUAGAGAAAGGGAGUUCAAAAAAGCGGAAGAGGCUCUCAAAAAGGCUAAGAAAGAAGCGGAACUUCACAGCAGCAACUGGAAACAACGAGAACAGGAGUUCUCCACUCUACAGCUAGAGGUGGCCGAGUUGGAAAAAGGUGUGAGCACAAGCUCGACUCAGCUAGCGGAGACUAAGGCGGCCGCGGAGAGGCUAGCGGAGGCGCUACAAACAGCCAAGGAUGAGCAUACUGCUGCUGAGAACGCAGUAAAAGAGAUCCAAGGCCGCAUCAAAGCGAUGAAAACAGAAAUCGCUUCGCGCAACACGGAGAUAGCUCGUCUGUCUCAGCAACGGGAAAAGCUGGACGCGAAAAACAAUGAUAUCAACCUUAAGAUAAAGGAGUUAGAGUUCAAGAUUAAAGAGCUGGAGACUGAGGCCACCGAGUGUGGUAAGAAGAUUACAGCCCUCGAGAAGGAGCACACAUGGAUCCCCGGCGAGAAGCAAUACUUCGGCGCGGCCGGCGGCCUCUACGACUUCCAGGCGCGGCAGGCGCACGCCGCCGGCGCGCGGCUCAACCAGCUCAAGGAGCGGAAGGACAAGCUGGCGAGGGGACUUAAUGCUAGGGCUCAUACGUUGCUUGGGAAGGAAGAGGAACAGUAUCAAGAUGUCCUCCGCAAGAAAGCGAUAGUCGAGGCCGACCGCGCCAAACUCGUCCAAGUAAUGGCCGAAUUAGACGAGAAAAAGAAACGCACACUCGUCACAGCUUGUGAACAAGUCAACAGGGACUUCGGAUCAAUAUUCAGUACACUGCUGCCGGGGGCUCAGGCCAAGCUGCGGCCGCCAGAGGGACUCACUGUGCUAGAUGGAUUGGAGGUCAAAGUCGGCUUCAACAACACGUGGAAGGAGUCCCUCGGCGAACUGUCCGGCGGACAGCGGUCGCUCGUGGCGUUAUCGCUCGUGCUCGCCAUGUUGCUGUUCAAGCCGGCGCCGCUCUACAUCCUGGACGAGGUGGACGCCGCGCUGGACUUGUCGCACACGCAGAACAUCGGACACAUGCUCAAAGAGCACUUCAGACACUCGCAGUUCAUCAUCGUAUCCCUGAAAGACGGCAUGUUCAACAACGCGAACGUACUCUUCCGGACUCGCUUCGUCGACGGCAUGUCCGCCGUACAACGGACCGUCAACCGCCGGUAAACACACAAUUAUAGACUUUAUCUCCUUGUGAUACGGUUCAACAACGCGAACGUACUGUUCCGGACUCGCUUCGUCGACGGCAUGUCCGCCGUACCACGGACCGUCAAUCGCCGGUGAACACAUAACUUUAAACUUUAUCUCCUUGUGAUACGGUUUAACGACGGCAACGCAUUGUCAGCCGCUGGAGAAGAGACAAACAUACGCGACUAUGAACAGUUACACACAACUAUAGACUUUAUUUACUCGUGAUAAGGUUCGAGAACGCGGUUCGACGGCAUGUCUGCCGUACAACGGACCGUCAACCGCCGGUGAACAGUUCAUUAUAGACCUUAUACCUGUCACUACAAGGUUCAAAAACGUCUAAGCACUGUCAACAGCUUUUCCAUUUUUCAUUUAAACAGAUAUUGCAUUUAGAACGGGCGUAGUGAUUAGGCAAUUAUACGACUGUUCGGCUAGGCUCACGCGGCAUUAAUAUAUCCCGUAUACCGUAUACGGGAUUUUAUCGAGUGACAGAAAAAUUUGUAUGGCAACAUUCUAUGCGGGAGAGCUGUCUAUAAAGCAGUGUACAUAAAUGAUUUUAGAAGUUGCCAUACAAAGUUUGCUGUCAGUGCUGUCACUACGGUUUUCGAUAAAAUCCCGUAUAAGGGAAAAAUUUACACCUUGCACUAGCAUUUGGUGUCAAUGUAAACUGAUUAAUAUUUAACUAUUAUGAUUAUGAAUGUCAUGAUUAAAAAAUAUGAGCUUGUAAAUAUUAAGAUGUUUCAAUCCUACGACAUAGGGAUAGCGGCAGUAAGUCGUAGUUUAUUCUAAAAGGGCUGACAGUUCCCUUUACAUUCUUAGAUUCGUGACUUCGAAGUCGUCAUGAAUGAAAUAUGUGUACAAUCAGUACGUUUACUACGAGUAUCUAUGUGUGUUACAUUAGCAGAAGUAGCUAACCGGAUCAAAUGUUUAAAAUUAUCACGCUCUUAGGGCCAGUUGCACCAACCGCAUUUGACAGACUGAUCAAAGUCAGCCGGCGCGCCCCGGCGCUUUACUAUGAAACUUCAUAUAAAUUGUUUAUACGUCAACGGUUUCACUCACUUGAAUUUUUAGUCGCUAUUGGCGACAUGUUGAAACUUCAUAUACUUAAAAAAUUUGCGAACUUUUUAACCGCCAGCAAUUUUUGAUCGAGCGCGCUCGUGUCGCCACCGACAGUAAUUGUACCACGCAGAGGUAAGGUUGGCAUAGUUACAGGAGUUAUAAAUGUACUGUAAAAACCAAAUCAGAUCUUUGUCUUAUUUAUCAGACUGUGGCGAAAUGAGCUGGAUAUGUAAUGUCUUAUAUAUCAGACUAUGGCGGUUAAAGGGUUAACAAUCGUUAAAGAGUCGCGAACAGUUUGGUGCAACCGACCCUUAUUCACUUAACCCUUCGGACGCCACGCCUAUCGUGCGAGAUGAGACGUCUGGCGGUCAAAUGCUUGAAAACAAAGGUAUGUUCAGAUCAUUUUGAACACCUUGACCGCUUAGUUCCUGCUGUUCGAUGAGUACACCUACAGUCGCAUUCAGAUAUAUCGAAGCGGCCGUGGUGCUCAAAAAUAUUUGAACACGCACUCUAGCGCCGAUGUAUCUGAUGGCGACUGUACCUGAGAUGUA